AUGCAUUUUCGCCUCCUUACCCGUGAGGACAUCUCGGAAACGGCCUGGAAAUGGCGGUGCAAGGUCUCGCGUCUCUUUAAGCGGUCCGACAAGACCCUUGCCGACUUCUCCUCGGGAUCGUCGUUCCUCAACGAUCCGAAGAGGGGCGCCGCCGCCGACGGGGACAAGGUUGAGGACGGCAAGGACGCCAACUUUGGCGCCACGCCGGCGGUCAAGACGCUCUACGAACGCCGGAACAGCUCUGACAGCUGGAUCGACUGGGUCGACUAUCCGCCGAAGCAGCUCAGCAGGAGCGCCGCCAAGUCCCAGGACCGGGUCGCCAUCAAAGUAUACAAGGUGCGCGACCUGGAGAAGCCCGCGCUGGGCGGCCGGUUUAGCCUCAAGUACUUCCGCAUCGACAUACAGAAUCCCCAGCUCGUCGCCGCGCUGGAGGACAUCCUCAAGAAGGAGGACCUGCACCUGGACGUCAACGAGAUUGCCUCGUUCCGGGAGCCCUUCCGGCCGCUAUAUUUCUGCUACGACGACAUCGUGGCAAAGUAUAAGCGUCUUGUCGAGGGCGAUUCCCUCAAGACGCACAUGCUCCUCCUCAUCAAGGUGAUCGACGAUCUAUUCUCUGACAUCCGCACCAAGAAGAAAAACCUGCUUGCGAGCGGGCUGGUGUCUUACAAGCUUGCCUGGACCUACUUCCCCAGGGACUGCGAGGUCAUAAGCUGGGGCAAUAAUGGGGAGUUCCUAGUCAGGGUUGUCGAGACGUUGGUCAGGUGGACUUCUCCCGGAUCCAGCUCCCUGAUCAUCCGCUGCAAGGUGCUCCGCUUCAACGGCGAGGCCUUCAUUUGGGACGAUGCCGAGCUAGAUAUACCCGAGUUUGAGGGAAACAAGCCCAUCAAGGACCUCUCCCACUAUCCUCUCUGUUUCGUCGAGGAUGUCGAGGAGACAAAGAAGAGACUGACGGCUCGUGGCGAGAGAGUCUUGGGCUACCAGGGGCUGACUUACUGUACAUACUCUGGGAUUGGUAUCUACAGAGAGGAGAAGAAAAUGGAGAAACACAAUGUGGAUGGCCGGAUCUUGAUUGACGUCGUCGGUUUCAACAAGCACCACCUCGCCCAGGGGCCACGAGACGGCAAGGACCCGGAUUCGAGGAAAAACACCGUUCGCGGAACCGGCCGUCCCGGUGGAGACCCAAGAGCCGACGUGAAGGCGAAGGGGAAGGCCAUGGUCGCAAAGCGGCUCAGCGUAGAAGAGCAGCAGAAAAACAAGGAGGCCAUGCUUGCCAAGGAGCAAGAUCUGAUGUUUAUAGUACCCCUGAUCGAGGGAUACGCCCUGAAGAACAAGUUAUGGCUGUCGUUUUAUGUCGAAGACAUCCGGCCAAUGGUCUGGAAUGACAGGGCAUUCGACCAUCUAGUCUAUGACGAACAGCAGAAGGACCUCGUCCUGUCUUUUGUCGAGAACCACAACAAUGCAAAUAUGAAGAUGGGAGAUGUUAUUGUUGGCAAAGGCGAAGGCUUAAUCAUCCUAUUGAGCGGGCCGCCAGGUACUGGGAAGACUUUGACUGCUGAAGCCGCCCCUCCCCAAGUGGCCGACCGCACCCACCGGCCGCUCUUCUACCUCCAAGCCGAAGAUCUCGGCAUCAGCGCCUUCACGCUGGGCGCCAACGUGAAGCGCGUCUUUGAGAUGGCGACCGAGUGGGACGCCGUGAUCCUGCUCGACGAGGCGGACGUCUUCAUGGCGGAGCGCAGCCCGCACGACAUUGCGCGCAACGAGCUCGUCUCCAUUUUCCUGCGCGAGCUCGAGUACUUCCGCGGCAUCAUCUUCCUGACCACGAACCUGUACUCGACCAUCGACUCGGCCUUCCGGAGCAGGGUCAGCCUGCACCUGCUCUUCAAGCCACUGACUCUGGAGGCGAGGGAGAAGGUGUGGCGGAAGUUCCUCGACAGGCUGCCGCGGGAGGCGAAGGUGCAGGAAGUAAAGGAGGUUGAAGAGGCCGAGGUGCAUGAAGUAGAAGAGGUCAACGAGAGCGAAGAUGCCGAGCCGGGCGAGCUCGGCGACGGCGGUGCGUCCGAGGCGGCUCCUGACACUCCUGACCCAGCAGCCAACGGGGUCGUGCACGACGACGACGACAACGACAACGGGGGCGCGAAUACGGAAGACGAAGCAGUAGGCGAGCCGAAGCACCACGAGCUCGCGGACGAGGACAUCAUGGAACUCGCGGCGUGGCACCUCAACGGACGCGAGAUCAAGAACGCCGUCAAGAUGGUCAAGUCGUGGUGCGACUACAAGGGCUACGGCCUGACGCUCGCGAGGCUGGAGAACGGGAUCCGGGUUACGAGCCCGCAUGCUUCCAAGCACACGCACGAGAAUGACACGAGCAUAUAUGACGAAUGAAUGAAUUAUGACUAACUAUUUUGGGUUAUGGUUAUGGUUAUGGUUAUCAGGGGACUGUAUGGACGGCGUCGGCGGGGACAUGCACACACACAUACACACACACACACAGUCAGUCAUAUAUCAGGGCUGGUCUGGACUCUGGAAUAGGCAUUCUUUUGGAGUAUUCAGCGUAAAAUGGAAUCUCCUGCCCGUUCCGAAGAUGAAGAAGCAUGGGGUCAGGGGUCCAUUGCAGUAUCCAUGGGAAGCUCCUCUGG